CCGCUUAUGCACAGCUUGUCGGUUUGCGUGCAAAUCCUCUGUUUCACAUUUUCUCUUUCUCUCUCUCUCUUCUCUUUUAUUCCUCCCUCUCUGUUCUUAGUUCAGAGAGCGGACACACAUCACUUACUCUUUCUCUCUCCUUCGCUUCUUCAAUAUCUCACAUAACCACUCUCUCCUUUUUUUUUUCAUUUUGAGCUUUGAUAACUUUUCACCUUCAAUUGUACCAAAUGAUGUUCUGGGUUUCUUCUUCUUCUUUUCCAUCACUGCUGCUCAGAAGGUUUCUGUGUACUGAAUUCUGAUAAUGCUUCGAGUGAUUGGUGUCUCUCUUCUUUGAGAGGGUUCACAUCACUUUGUCGCGUUCUUCUCUUCAACUCUGUAAUUGGGUCUUUGAGUGUUAUUCUGAUUUCCUGGGAGAAUCUUCAAAAUUCUUAGAUCUUCUGAAUCUCUCUCUUUUCUCUGUUUUUACAAACUUUUUUUUUUUUAUAUAAAAUUCUUCGCUUUCUUUAUUUUUUUGUUCCUUUAUUUCCUAAUUCUCAGUUUCCACAUGUCGUUGGUCUUUCGCUACAAGCCACGACCGUAGAAUCUUCUUUGUCUGAAAAACAAAAGAAUUACAAUUUACGUUUCUCUUAAGAAACGACGGACUUUCCGAAGAAUAACAAAGAAAAAAGAGAAGUAAAGAAGAAGAAGGAAGUUUGAUUGAGACUUUUGGAGUUUUGUGGUCGAGCAAAAAAAAUGGAGAUGGCGGUGGCUAAUCACCGAGAGAGAAGCAGUGAUAGCAUGAAUAGACAUUUAGACAGUAGCGGCAAGUACGUUAGGUACACGGCGGAGCAAGUGGAGGCUCUCGAGCGAGUCUACGCCGAGUGUCCCAAGCCAAGCUCGCUCCGGCGACAGCAAUUGAUCCGUGAAUGUUCAAUUUUGGCCAAUAUCGAGCCUAAGCAGAUCAAGGUCUGGUUUCAGAACCGGAGGUGUCGAGAUAAGCAGAGGAAAGAGGCGUCGAGGCUACAGAGCGUAAACCGGAAGCUUUCGGCUAUGAACAAACUGUUGAUGGAGGAGAAUGAUAGGCUGCAGAAGCAAGUUUCUCAGCUUGUCUGUGAAAAUGGAUACAUGAAGCAGCAGCUAACAACUGUUGUGACUGAUGCGAGCUGCGACUCUGUGGUCACACCUCCUCAGCAUUCGCUCAGAGACGCGAAUAGUCCUGCUGGAUUGCUCUCGAUCGCAGAGGAGACCUUGGCAGAGUUCCUAUCCAAGGCUACAGGAACUGCUGUUGAUUGGGUUCAGAUGCCUGGGAUGAAGCCUGGUCCGGAUUCGGUUGGCAUCUUUGCUAUUUCGCAAAGAUGCAGUGGAGUGGCAGCUCGAGCCUGUGGUCUUGUUAGUUUAGAACCUAUGAAGAUUGCAGAGAUUCUCAAAGACCGGCCAUCUUGGUUCCGUGACUGUAGGAGCCUUGAAGUUUUCACUAUGUUCCCGGCCGGUAAUGGCGGCACAAUCGAGCUCGUGUAUAUGCAGACAUAUGCACCAACGACUCUGGCUCCUGCCCGCGAUUUCUGGACUUUGAGAUAUACAACGAGCCUCGACAACGGCAGUUUUGUAGUUUGUGAGAGGUCACUUUCUGGAUCUGGAGCUGGUCCUAAUGCUGCUUCAGCUUCUCAGUUCGUGAGAGCAGAAAUGCUUUCUAGUGGUUAUUUAAUAAGACCUUGUGAUGGUGGCGGUUCAAUUAUUCACAUCGUCGAUCACCUUAAUCUCGAGGCUUGGAGUGUUCCGGAUGUGCUUCGACCCCUUUAUGAGUCAUCCAAAGUCGUCGCUCAAAAAAUGACCAUUUCCGCGUUGCGGUAUAUCAGACAAUUAGCUCAGGAGUCUAAUGGUGAAUUAGUGUAUGGAUUAGGAAGGCAGCCCGCUGUUCUUAGAACCUUUAGCCAGAGAUUAAGCAGAGGUUUCAACGACGCGGUUAACGGUUUUGGGGACGACGGGUGGUCUACGAUGCAUUGUGAUGGCGCUGAAGACAUUGUCGUUGCUAUUAACUCUACCAAGCAUUUGAAUAACAUCUCCAACUCUCUUUCGUUUCUUGGAGGCGUGCUUUGUGCCAAGGCUUCUAUGCUUCUCCAAAAUGUUCCUCCUGCGGUUUUGAUCCGGUUUUUAAGAGAGCAUCGAUCCGAGUGGGCUGAUUUCAACGUUGACGCAUAUUCUGCUGCGACGCUUAAAGCCGGAACCUUUGCUUAUCCGGGAAUGAGGCCAACGAGGUUCACCGGGAGCCAAAUCAUAAUGCCACUAGGGCACACCAUCGAACACGAAGAAAUGCUUGAAGUUGUUAGAUUAGAAGGUCAUUCUCUUGCACAAGAAGAUGCGUUCAUGUCCCGGGAUGUCCAUCUUCUUCAGGGAGAUGCGCAAGAUGUGUUAACCGCGAACCACCACCGUACAUUAGACUUAACUUCUAGCCUUGAAGUUGGUCCAUCACCGGAAAACGCUUCUGGAAACUCUUCUUCUACCUCAAGCUCGAGGUGUAUCCUCACCAUCGCGUUUCAGUUCCCUUUCGAGAACAACUUGCAAGAAAAUGUUGCCGGUAUGGCUUGUCAGUACGUGCGUAGCGUGAUCUCAUCGGUUCAACGCGUCGCAAUGGCCAUCUCACCGUCUGGUAUAAGCCCGAGUCUAGGCUCCAAAUUGUCCCCGGGAUCUCCUGAAGCUGUUACCCUUGCUCAGUGGAUCUCCCAAAGCUACACUCAUCACUUAGGCUCAGAGUUGCUGGCGAUUGACUCACUUGGAAGCAACGACUCCGUAUUGAAACUUCUAUGGGAUCAUCAAGAUGCCAUCUUGUGUUGCUCUUUAAAGCCGCAACCAGUGUUCAUGUUUGCGAACCAAGCUGGUCUAGACAUGCUAGAGACAACACUUGUAGCCUUACAAGACAUAACACUCGAAAAGAUCUUCGAUGAAUCCGGUCGAAAGGCUCUUUGCUCCGAUUUCGCCAAGCUUAUGCAACAGGGAUUUGCGUGCUUGCCUUCAGGAAUCUGUUUGUCGACGAUGGGAAGACAUGUGACUUAUGAACAAGCUGUUGCUUGGAAAGUGUUUGCUGCUUCCGAUAACAACAACGACGACAGUAAUAACAAUUUGCAUUGUCUUGCUUUCUCCUUUGUGAACUGGUCGUUUGUGUAAUUUUUGUUAUUUACUCUAUUGUGAGGGUAUUAGGAAAGGGCUAAUCAAAUUUUUACAUUUAGACAACUCAUUUUUGUUUGGUUGUGUAGGUGUCUUUGUCUCUGUUUUGAUCAAAUGUUUCUCGCUUUUCUUUGUGUUUUUAUUUAAGUGAGGAAACAAAAAAGGGAGACUCUUUACAAAAUCUAUAUUUAUAUAAAGAGGAUGAUGUGCCAUCUUUUAUCCGUACCGUAAUAUAACUAUUUCAAGAAAAUACAAAGAAUCAAGAAAAGAAAAAUUUACAGCCGAAUACAAUUUUUGACCGGCCGUUAAAAUGAAAGGAUGGGUCUUCAGAAUUUCAUGCAUCUAGCCGGUAAACCAGUCUGAUGAUUGACGGCGACAAUCUCAGAGACGUUAUUGCAACGGAGAACAUCUUGACCAAGCUUAGCUCCUGCAGCUUUAAGACCUUUAAGAGAAACCGGAAUGUUAAAGAGAUUGAGCGACGGAAGCUUCAAAGCCGGAGGGAGUUUCUGGUUCGGUAAAAAGUUUCUGAAGUCAUCCAUGAGCAAAGGAACUUCGAAAUCGGUUUUGUCGUGUUUCACAACAUUGUCUUUCGCUGCGAUGUGAGCUCCUGGUUCCAUGUGGUUGGUUGAGAAACUUUGUUGGUUAGGGAAGUUCGGGUAGAGGCUAACGUACCCUCUAAGGUACAUCAUAUCGAUCAAGAACUUCUUCCAAGAAGCUUGCCAACCGUUGGUUCUUGAUUUCGGAAUCUGAACCGGGUUUUCUUUCGCGUUCUCCGUGAACCUCAUGUUCAUGUAGACGUAGAACUCUCUCCACUGCUUCGGGAAGAACACAGCUCCCCAGCUGCAAGGUAACUGGUGAAGGUAAGGAGUGUGUGGAUGGAUCUGCUUGAAGAAAUCUGUUGGGUUCCAUUUGGGUCUCUCUUUAACCACUUCGACGAUUUUGGGAGUGUACAGAGAGAUGGAGGCGAGUUCAGGGAAAGAGACUUGAGGGUCGUAGUGGUAAGCGAGGAGAGCGUAUUUGAUCCAGAGGUAGUAGUAAGGAGAGACUUCGAUGUCGUCUUCAAGCAAGAGACCAAAGUCAUCAUCAGAAGCUGGAUACCAACUCUCGCUCACAGCUCGGAUUAGUCCUCCUUGGAUGAUUCUUCUUCUUAAUGUCUUUGAUCCGUGAGGCCAAUCGAAUGUGCUCACUACUUUGAUCGUCUCUUCAUCCACUUUGCUAUCCAUGUUGAAGCUGAUUGAUAUUUCGUCGCCUAGAUAGUAUGCGUUGCUCAAAGACCUAAGCAAUCUUAGCAAAGACUGAGCUCGGUUUUGAGUGAUGAUGUUCACUGAGAUUCUCAUCUUAUUCCAGUCUGGCAAUGCUGUUGAUCUUAAAUCAGCCAUCCAUAGAACCUUGGAGAUAGAAGCUCUGGGAAGAAGAACAAGAGCGGUGCCAUUUAGGUUUGUCUCAGUAGCCAUUUUCAAAGCUUUCAUGACAUUAGGAUCAGCAUCAGCUACCGUAAUCACCACGCUAGGGUUAUGGAUCUUGAUAAGCCCCUUCAUGCUCGAAUACACAGCUUGAAACACAGGAACCUCUGAGUUCGACACACCCAAGAUAGCCCCAACUUCCAAAUCGAAAAUCUUGAACCUCCUUUCGUUGCAAACCACCUUAGGCCAUUUCAAAGCCGAGGCAGCAUCCUCGCACGGACAGAACUUCCCUCCCGACACAGCGAUGUAAGCCUUUUUGCCAACAGUGGUUCUGAACUUCUCGAGCAGAGGACCAAGUGCUUUGACUUCGUCGAUCGAAUGCGCGUAAAACAGAGCGUCGAUCUUCUGAGGAUGCAUUGCAGCCCAUUGGGUUAUGUAACCCGUUGAAAGCGCUUUCCACCAUUGGUUGUCUCUCACUUCGACAAUGUUCUUGAAGAUCACUGUGGUCUCAGACACGUAAGCUAGCCUGUGUUCACUAUCUCCCCAUGUCUCCUUGUCGUUUGGAUCCACAGGAAGAACAAAAGACCCUGCGUUUCUGUAUUUCUGAAGCUGAUAGCUGGUGAAGAUCUUCGCCGGUGGCGAAUGUGAAUGGCUUUUCGAUGAACAACGCUUUAACGAGCUCCGCCGAUAAGAACCAAGAGCUGGAUAAGAAAUCAACCUGUAGGAUUCGAUCUAGUGUGAUGUCGUACGCCGGAUCAGGCAAGUAUAGCCCCGCUUCCUUGGAUCUGAACUUCCUGUAGCUCGGAAACGUGAAAUCCUUCUGCCGGAAAGGAAGAAUCCGCCCGAUGCUUCCCAGAACUGAGUUCUCGUACUUCUCCGUUCCGGCGACGUGCGAGAGCAUCUGAAGCAUCUUCUUCCCAGGAAUCAUGUCGUCGUCGAGGAUGUAAACCAGAUCCGCCUCCGUCUGAAGCGCGAUCUGGAACCUUCCAUAGUAUUUGAAGUCGUAGUUCGAGCUGAUGAAGCUGAUUCGAGAAUCGUUGUAGCUUCCAGCGAUUCGCCGGAGAGAAGCUUCGUUGGGGCUCCCGAAGGCCAAAACCCAGACAUGGUGAAACGGCAGCGUUUGGUGGAGAAGAGAAUCAAGCUGAGCACAGAGUGUUUUUCUCUUGAAAUGGUUUAGUAUCACUGUCACUUUGGGUUUUCUCGGCCCGUUUAAAGCCCAUUUAGACUUCAUCUUCAUCAGCUCUUCUAAACUCUCAGACCCAAGAUUCUUCCUCUGGAACCCCAAGACGUCGUCGUAUAGCUCCCUCUUCAUCUUGAUCAUUUUCUCGUCGUUCGAUUUCUUCUGAGAGAAGUCGAUCUUCUCGUACUCGCAAACCUCCGCCGGAGAAACCAUCGCCGGGAAAUUAUCCUCCGAUUUGAGAAAGGAGGCAGAGUCUUGGAGAUGGCUGACGACGUGAGGGGUAACAAUGUAAUUACGCAUAUUAUGAGCCCAUUUGGUGGCCCAAGUGAAGUCUGGUUUGGCCCGUAAGUCAAUGGAAGGACUCAUGUAGUAGAGAAGUCCGGUGGCGUAGACGGCAAAUGCAAACUGAAGAAAUGUCAGCGCCGUGACGAACUUGGCGGAGUUGAGUUUCCGGCUAGGCUUUGGUUUUCCGGCCGAGUAUUCUCCAAAGAUGCUCUCUAUAUAAUCGCCGCCGCUUCUCACCGCCGGUGGUCGGAUAAAACCCAUUUUCUCAGAACCCAACGCCUAAUUAUGAAAUUGAAAAACAAAAGAGAUAAAAGAAUGUGAGGUUGAUGUAUUUUUUUUCUCCCUGUAAACUGUUUGUUACAAUGUAUAUAUAUAGAUGAACAAGACAUAAACACAGUUACACAAAC